GAAGGGAGGGGGCCAGCCCAGCUCUGAGCUGUGUCCACUCCAGCACGGUGUCCUCCUGCCAGCAGAGGGGAAGCAGAUCUGAGGACAUUUCUGUGACCAGACCAGAAGCCUCCCACCUCCAGCUCCUUCCCCAGGACGGACAUGGGGCCCGGCUCCCAGCCCCCCCUCAGCCUAAACCUGCUACUGCUCCUGCUGACACUACCCCUCAGGGGCCAGGCCAGCACAAGCUGCUACGGGAUCCCGGGGAUGCCAGGCCUGCCUGGGGCCCCAGGAAAGGACGGGCAUGAUGGGCUGCCAGGGCCCAAGGGUGAGCCAGGAAUCCCAGCUACCCCCAGGACUCGAGGACCCAAGGGCCAGAAAGGAGAACCUGGCACACCUGGCCAUCCUGGGAAAAAUGGCCCCAUGGGGACCUCCGGGAUUCCAGGUGAUCCUGGCAUCCAAGGCCCCCCUGGGGAGCCAGGUGAGGAGGGCAGAUACAAGCAGAAGCACCAGUCGGUGUUCACAGUGACACGGCAGACGGUCCAGUACCCGGAGCCCAACGGCCUGGUCAAGUUCAACGGAGUCAUCACCAACCCGCAGGGGCAUUACGACACAAGCACGGGCAAGUUCACCUGCAAAGUCCCCGGCCUCUACUACUUUGUCUAUCACACGUCACAGACAGCCAACCUGUGCGUGCAACUCUAUCGCAGUGGCGUCAAGGUGACCACCUUCUGUGACCAUAUGUCCAACAAAAAGCAGGUCAGCUCAGGCGGCGUGCUGCUGCGGCUGCAGUUGGGCGACGAGGUGUGGCUGGCUGUCAAUGACUACAAUGGCAUGGUGGGUACCGAAGGCUCUGACAGCGUCUUCUCUGGCUUCCUGCUCUUCCCGGACUAGGCAGGUGGCCCCACCUCCCUCAGCUUCCCUGCACAGACCCACAGCACCAGCCAGCCCGGGCUGCCCAGCCCUUGCCAGUCUCUGAGUCCUCACUCACCUGAUGGACUCCUCCUCCUUCAGGAAGCCUGCCCUGACUGCCCCAUCCCACGUGUUCUCUUCCUUUUUCUGAGUGCCUUCAGGAGUCAUUGCUUAAACUGCUCCUUUGACACCUAACCAAUACCUUCUGGUGCUGUCUUUUUUCUACCCUCCCUCCCCGCAAGUCUUGGAAGAGGCAGGGAAAUAUAUAAAUAAAUCAUUGGAUCCAUAAAUGGGCAUGGCUCAGAUUCUU